CACAGCCGCAAAGGGGGUCUCAUUGGACUUGCAGCCUGCUCCAUAGCUCUCGGUAAGGACUCGGGACUGUAUCUGAAGGAACUCAUCGAGCCUGUACUCACGUGUUUCAAUGACUCGGAUAGUCGCCUACGCUACUAUGCAUGUGAGGCUCUCUAUAAUAUUGUCAAAGUUGCCCGAGGAGCUGUACUUCCUCAUUUCAACCUGCUUUUUGACGGCCUAAGUAAACUUGCGGCCGACCCAGAUCCUAAUGUGAAAAGUGGAUCAGAACUACUGGACCGACUGCUUAAAGACAUAGUGACUGAAAGUAACAAGUUUGAUCUCGUGGCGUUUGUCCCGUUGCUGAGAGAGAGAAUCUACUCAAACAAUCAAUAUGCCAGGCAAUUUAUAAUUUCCUGGAUUCAAGUCUUGGAAUGUGUGCCAGACAUUCACCUUCUGGAUUACCUUCCUGAAAUCCUGGAUGGGCUGUUCCAGAUUUUGGGAGACAAUAGCAAAGAGAUUCGUCGGACAUGUGAGGUGGUGUUGGGGGAAUUUCUUAAGGAGAUUAAAAAGACUCCCUCCAGUGUGAAGUUUGCAGAAAUGGCCAACAUCCUUGUGAUCCAUUGCCAAGUCGCAGAUGAGAGCAAACUUACCAACGACCUGAUUCAGCUGACUGCUAUGACCUGGAUGAGAGAGUUCAUCCAAUUGGCAGGUCGAGUAAUGCUCCCUUACUCCUCUGGUAUUUUGACAGCAGUUUUGCCUUGUCUCUCAUAUGACGACAGAAAAAAGAACACAAAAGAAGCUGCCAGUUCCUGCAAUCAUAGUCUGAUGAAACUUGUGACCCCUGAGGAUGAUGAUGAUGAGGAAGAGGAGGUGAAAAGUGAAAGCACAGGUUCGCCGUCUCGAGAGGAGCCCAAAGUGCAGUCAGAUGGGAGUGACAUGUUAAAUGCCUCACAGGAGUCUGUUGGUUUUAGCAACAUUAGCUUCUUUACCCCAGCUAGCACAGACCGACCUCAGGUGACCCUUGACCUGGAUGGUAUUGUUCAGGUGCUUGACCGCCACCUCCACGACUCUUCCACGGGCAUGAUGACACGCAUAGCAGUUCUAAAAUGGCUCUACCACCUCUACAUCAAGACACCUCGCAAAAUGUUUCGUCACACCGACAGUCUUUUCCCUAUGCUCCUCAAAACUCUCUCCGAUGAGUCUGAUGAGGUCAUUUUGAAAGACCUGGAAGUUUUGGCUGAGAUUGCCUCAUCUCCUGCAGGGCAGACAGAUCUGACAGGGUCAUGUGACAAUACUGACAACAAACUGGAGUUAAAGGUUCCUGACAAGUCCGGACAGCAUCCAAGUGCAAAAGCAAUUGAUUCAUCCCCUUCUACUCCAAGUAUGAACUCUUAUUUCUACAAGUUCAUGAUCAACCUGCUUAAACGCUUCAGCUUGGAGAGGAAACUAUUGGAAAACAGAGGGGCAUUUAUUAUCAGGCAGCUCUGCUUGUUACUUCACGCAGAGAACAUCUUUCACUCAAUGGCUGACAUAUUGCUCAAAGAAGAAGACCUCAAAUUUGCCUCCACCAUGGUCCAAACCCUGAAUACCAUUCUGCUCACUUCUGCCGAGCUCUUUCAGUUGAGGAAUCAGCUCAAGGACUUGCGUACCCCAGAGAGCUGCGCCUUGUUCUGCUGCCUAUAUCGAUCCUGGUGCCACAACCCUGUUGCCACAGUAUCGCUUUGCUUCCUUACACAAAACUAUAAACGUGCCUAUGAUCUUAUUCAGAAAUUUGGAGAUCUAGAAGUGACUGUAGACUUUCUCAUGGAGGUAGACAAACUUGUGCAGCUCAUAGAAAGCCCCAUCUUUACCUACCUGCGUCUUCAGCUGUUGGAUGUGGAGAAUAAUCCGUAUCUAAUAAAGGCACUGUAUGGUCUGCUGAUGUUGCUGCCUCAAAGCCAGGCCUUCCAGCUUCUGUCUCAUCGCUUGAGGUGUGUUCCAAACCCAGAGCUGAUGCGUACUGUGGAUGAAUCCAAGUACAUGGACUCUAAACAGCAGGUGGCAUCUAAACGUGCUUCUCAUAUUCAGAUCGACUACAACGAGCUGCUGCAGCAUUUCGACCGUGUCCAGAGCAAACACCUGGAGGUCAGACACCAGCGCUCAGGACGGGCCAAUGAGCACUCUGACAGAAAGAUUAUUUAAAUAUAUAUGCCAGGUAUAUGUAAAUCUAUAUGUGAAGGAAAAAAACACAAACAUUCCAGUGUGGAAAGUGUAUUGUAAUUAUUGGAUUCUAAUAAAACCAAAUUGUAAUUAUCAUAUUCAUUGUACAUUUACAAAUUGUCUAAUAAAGUGUGUCAUGUGAGAUUUUAAUUAUGAAAGCAUCUCUUUAGUGUUAACAAAAUGUAAAAAAAAAAAAAAAAAGCGAUUAUUGUUCACAUUAAAUUCCUUUUGUUUUUUUUCUGUUUGCUUUUUUUUGUUUGUUUUUAAAUUUCACAGUAUUUGCACUGGUCACACAAUUGAGUACUGUAUCUGAAUUCUUUUCCUUGCAUGAGUCACUGUUACAGCACUGUCAGGGUGUGACCAGCUGACCAAACCACAUGCUCUUAUUGCCUUAUUUGAGAUCAGAUGCUGUUUUAAUCACGUUACACUUUUGGUGCAGCUACAUGUGGCAUUUCACUUCAAUUUCGCUUCUUUAACAUUCUUUAGUUGAACUGCACACCUUUGGUGUAAUGAUUUUGCAUUCAGGAGAUUAUUUGCACUGUCAUUGUUUAAAAAAAAAAACUAAUAAAGUGUAAUAAUCAAAAUCUA